UUUUCUGUAUUCAUAAACCUUAUCUUCUUUCAUUCAUCAAUGGCUUCCUCUGCUUGUUCUCUCCAUUUUCUAUCUCUUUCAACCAACAAUCUUUCUCUUUCAAACUCAAGGCCCGGCGCCGCACCACUACCUCUCGCUUCUCCUACCGUUGGAGCAAAUUUGAAACCUUUAUCACUUUCUUAUUCAUUUCUUCGUCCAUAUGAGGCUGUAUCUUCUCGUUUCUCUCGGAAGGUUGCGAUGUCAUCUGAUUUAGAUGUUGAUGAACAUGUUAAUGAUGAUAGAAGGUCAUCUUUCUCUCCCGACCUUAAACUUUUUGUGGGUAACUUACCGUUCAACGUGGAUAGUGCUACUCUUGCUGGCUUGUUUGAACAAGUUGGUAACGUUGAAGUUGUUGAGGUUAUAUAUGACAAGAUGACUGGAAGAAGCAGGGGAUUUGGGUUUGUAACAAUGUCUACACCUCAGGAGGUUGAGGCAGCAGCUAGACAGUUUAAUGGCUAUGAACUUGAGGGAAGACCAAUUAGAGUGAAUGCAGGUCCUCCACCUCCCAAAAGGGAAAGGGAAGGGGAAUCCUCUUUCAGAUCUCCAAGGAGUGGAGGUGGUGGUUAUGGUGGUGGUGGCGGUGGUGGUUAUGGUGGUGGUGGUUAUGGUGGUGGUGGUGGUGGCGGUUAUGGUGGUGGUGGUGGAGGUGGUGGUUAUGGAGUAAGUAAUGAUAGCUCCAAUAGGCUAUAUGUUGGAAAUCUUUCAUGGGGGGUUGAUGAAUCUGCUCUUGAAAGCUUGUUUAGCGAGCAAGGAAAGGUGUUGGAGGCUAAGGUUGUUUACGAUAGAGAAAGUGGGAGGUCAAGAGGAUUCGGGUUCGUGACCUAUGGCUCUGCAAAAGAGGUCAACAAUGCAAUCGAUUCAUUGAAUGGAGCUGACCUCAAUGGACGUUCUAUCCAAGUUAGUGUGGCUGAAUCCAGGCCAAAGCGUCAAUUUUGAGUAAUGGGGUCUUAUCGGACUGGUAGUUAACUAUGUUAAAAAGGCUAUUUUGGACUCAAACAAUCGUGAAUUCGGAAACAAUGCUUCUUUGGACAUGAUUGCGGCAAUAUGUAGUGACUUUUAUCAAGACAAUUAAGUGUUUAUGAUUUGAAUGAAAAUAUAGUAAUGUAUGAUGCUGCAUGAACUGUCUGUUGUAGUAGAUUGAGUUGAGAGUAGACUAGUUAUAGCCUAGCUCAGCUAGGUUUAAGAGCAAAGAAAUUGAGUUCAAUGUCAGCUUUUUUUUUUUUGUAAUUUUGUUGAAUUUUGAUUUCAUGCAUUUUAAUUAAAAUCAACUAUUUUGUU